CUGUACUGGUGUUUCGUUUUCACAUUACAUCAGAUUAGAGCUUUACGUUGAGUUGUUUGGUGUUGUUUGUGACUGCUGUAGAUGGACGUCUCGUUUGUUAUAUCGUCUGAAAAACGAUUGAAGCUAUAUUUAAGCUCUCUAAGUAGGUGUAUGACAGAGUAUUUAGUUCAAAGGAUGUCCAGUUGUUUGUGCCAGUCACGCACAAUCACGGCGUAUGAGGCUCAGGUUGUCACAUCGCAGGCCACUGACAGGCAGAAAGCAUCCAUGCUGAUACAGAUUGUCAUCAAAAAAGGUCGCAAUGCAUGCAGCUUGUUCUUCAGUUGCCUCGGAUUUUGUGACCCGGCGUUGUAUGAGAGUGUUACAGGAUGUCCAGUACACAAAAGUCAUGAGGACCAUCACCAUUCAGAGGACAUCCCAUUGUCAGAAAAACAAGGGCCACAUCCACCUUGUAUUAUAAACCUACAAAACUCUUCCCUCACCAACUGCAUUAUUGGGAACAAUAACAGCCAAUGCAUUACCUGUGACCAGCAUUGUUUGCUUUCUCAGAAUGAUACAAUUAAUGUAGAUGAAAUGGAAGAUAGUCAGAGCCAUGACCCCAUAAUCCCAACGCAGGACACGCUGAGUGGCAACAGCAUUAAUGUGAAGAGCUCCCAUCUAGAGUAUAUCAUCAUAGGGGACCACAACAGCAUGGUUGUCAGCAAUAGCUCAGAAGCUGACGAAUAUACAGAGAUUGCACCAAAUAUGGAUGGUUAAGUUGCAGUUUGUCAACUCUUCUUAAUGGGCCAGACACAUGAUUCUACACUGAAGAGGUCUUGCAUGAAGGAUCAUGUACAACCCCAUGUUCAGGUGCUUAACAUGUACUGCCAAAUAUUGACUCAUUGAAACAUUAUCCUUUAUGAAUUGUUCUGAACAUGUGUGACUUGAUGUGGCAAUGUUAUUUAAUACUGCCCUGCUUGCUACUGAACAUAACUGUUUCACAGUACUUUGAGACUAAUGUUGUAAUGGGUACAUCAAUGUUAGUCUUCAAAAGAAAUGUCAGGAAUUAUAUUCCAUUUAACAACAAACACUGCAAUUAGUUAUGCAGUCACUAUUAAGCUUUCCUUGAUCUUAUAUAAAUGUUGCUUCCAGUCUUGUUUUCAAUGAUAUUUGUAACCGUAAAAUCUAUUGAUUUAUGACAGACUAUCCAGAUGUUUCAAUAGUUAUUCUGUAUUUACUUCUCAGGGUAUUCCCAUAAGAAUAGUUAUGGUGCUAAUAUGUUUUUGAAUGUUGGUUCAGGGAGACUUUUCUUCUGUACUGUGUGGGUUGGGCUCCUGUUCAGCUGAACAAUGUUAAUCCUGUGGACUUUCUGAAUGUUCUGUAUUUUUAUAUUAUGUAUUUGGAAUGCACUUUGACACAGUGUUGACUGAUGAUGGCUGAGGCCUAAUGUGGAUGAUACCUGUUGAUAUAGUCUUUACACUUAAUCUUAUUAUGCCACUUAUCUAUUAUUAAGUCCUUGUUAUUUGCAGUACUAGAGGAACAGUGCCAUUUAGGUGUAAUGUAAGUAAAUGUGAAUGUAUUUGUAAAAUGUUAUUAGUUUUAUUAAAAAAAACAUAAUUUAUAUAUUUCUACAUUUCUUUUUUUAAUGCUAUGAAACUUGAUAUGUCAUGUUUUAGAUUAAGCAUUGUUUGUAUAGGCAUCUAGUAUUAAAGCUAUGACCGCAUAAUUUGUUUUGUAAAAGUGUCUUCACAUUAAACAAUAAAAUAUAA